AAUAGUCGCCCGGCCAGGUACCCCGUCGUCCGCCCGCCCGGGCGUCACGUCGCCCGCGUCCGCAUCACGUCGCCCGGCCCCAACGUCGCCGCGUCCCGCGCCCCGCCGCCCCGCCGCCCCGCCCUGCCCGGCGUCCGGCGGUCCUGCGCCCGCAGGUUCCGCGGAGUCCUCGAGGGCAUGUGGGCUGCCGCCCGCCGGCUGUGCGGCCCCGGAGCGGGGUUGCUGUUGCUGCGGGGCCGCGGCGAGGCCGCACUCCCACCCGCCCGCACGCGGAGCCUGCACGGCUCUGCCGUUGCCUGUGGCAGCAAGAACUUGCUCAAGAAGUUUGCUUCGAAGACCAGGAAGAAGUUCUGGUAUGAAGGUCCUUCCCUGGGGUCUAACUUGACUUACAGGCCAUCCAAGUUGGACUUGCUCCUCAAGAGAACCUCAAAGAGGAGCAGGAAGGAAGACCAUGUACGCCUGCGGGCCCUGAAUGGCCUCCUCUACAAAGCGCUGACGGAUUUGUUGAGCAGCCCUGAAGUGAGCCAGGAAGUCUACAACCUGAAUGUGGAGAUCUCCAAGGUCUCGCUGACUCCAGAUUGCUCAGCCUGCCGCGUCUACUGGAAGGCGAGUCUCUCCGCAGACCAGAACGAGCGCACAGAUGCCGCCCUGCAGAGGAGUGCGGCUCACAUGAGGCACCUAUUGAUGUCCCAGCAGACCCUGAGGAACGCGCCGCCAAUAGUAUUCAUUCAAGACAGGAAAAACGCAGCUCUGGCAGAGGUUGAUCGUUUAUUGGCAGUGGCUGACUUUGGACCUGUAGAUGGAGGAGACCACCCCUCGAGAGACUAUCCCAGGGACCCUGAUGCCCUUUCACCACAUGACCCCCCAGGACCUGCUGCACACUCGAGUCUGUGUGGGAUCGAUCAUGAGGCACUCAACAAGCAAAUAAUGGAGUACAAACGAAGGAAGGAGAAAGGACUCCUGAGCCUGGCGCUGCUGGGGCAAGAGCAGGGGGCUGAGCCCACACAGCCGGUGAGGAGAAGGAAGGCUCUGCCCUGCCAGGGCCAGGACGGCUCCCCCAGGAGUUCCUUGCUGGGCGAGGGGUACCUGAGGCUCUGGACAGGUUUCCGUCAAGCCAAGAGCUUGUCUCUUGUGCUUAAUUCCUUACUACAGCCUCAAGGUGAUGACUUGUUUUACCUUCGUCAGAGCAGAAGACACAAGGGCCACCUAAUAAGUUAUGUUUUUGUUCAUUUUGAACAACAGAAUUACCAACAGGAGAUGCAAAAAUGUGCAAAAUGCAGUGCUCAGACUGUUGAAAAUACGAUUUUUUGCAAUAUGAGCUAAACUGAGAAUGUAGUCACCUUGCUUAGCAUCAGCUAGGAACACGUGUUGAACUGGGCUAAGCUGAUUGUGUGUGUGUGUGCGUGAGUGAGAGAGUAUGAAUGUGUUUUGUCCCCUGGAUGAAGGAAUGCACCACAGUGACACUGUAGCUGCCUGUGAUACCAAGUAGCAACUUGUAGCUCCCUGCAAUAAUUAGUAAUAGCCAGCAACUACCAGUCAUAACCAGUAGCAACCAGCUGCUACCUAUGGGAACUGCCUGUGACACCAGCAGACAGGAGUGGACUGUAGUGCCCUGCAGCCUCAGCCCUGAGGACUCCUGCCCCAGCGACGCCCUUACCCGUGCCCUUGUUCUCCCUCUGCCCUGGACCGUGUCCCCGCAUCCUUGAGCCAACAGGGCUUGCUUGAGGGUACAGCCCCUCAACUUGGUCUGCCUGGUGUUUCCUCAGGUCAGAGUCAGGCUGGACUUGUGUCUUUGGUGGGAACAGGUUCUCUGCCAUGGGGUGCUGGCUCCUGACACCAUCGUGUUGAUGGCCCAUGAAAGUGAUGUCUGCCAGCCUCCCCCACUGUCAAGUCGCUUGCCCCAUCAUGGGGGUCCUUGUGAACCCCCACAUUCAUUUUUUUCAGUUGUUGAGCCAGCAUGCACUGGAGCUUCCUGUUUUACUCAGUAGUUAUGUUCUGUGUACUCUUCAUGCUACUGUGUGCUGGAGCUCUGCCUGUUGCUGUGUUGGCGUGCUCUGUGGCUGUGCUCUGUGACUUGUUAAUGUGUUCCGAAGCUUAUAGUUUCCAGUUUAGCCAUUGCUUCGGUUUCCUCUGAUUGCGCUAACAAGUCACAGAAUCAAUGGCCGAGAGCAACAGAAACUCACUGUUCUGGAAGCUGGAGUCCAGAUGCAGGUGCCCUGUAGCCGUGCUUCCUCCCAGACUACUCCUGUCUCUUCAGCCCCCAGGGCUCCAGGACUGCUGGGUUGGGUUGUGUCCUCAGGUGUGGUCUCUGUGUCCAUCUGUGUGCAGUCCCCCUGUCUUCUCUAGACAUGUGUGGCAGGGUGGAGCCACUCUUAGGUCCAGGAUGAUCCCAUUUUGAAGUCUUUAAUUACAUUCGUGAAGACCAUUUUUCCAAAUGAGGUCAGUUUGGACACUGUGGCUAUGAAUUUUGGGAGGAAAUUUUUCACCAUGGCAGGGUGGAAGUUUUACACCAUCAUUUCUUUGAUGGCUUUUUCUCUUUUCUUCCCUGUCCUUUCCACUUUACACAUGUGGUGCAUUUAAUAGUGUCCAUGAUAUGCUGGGCACAGUGGCCACACCUGCAAUCCCAGCACUAGGGAGGCUGAGGCAGCAGGAUCACAAGUUCCAGGACAGCCUGAGCAACUGAAACCUGUCUCAGAUCAAAAGGGCUGGAGAUCUAGCUCAGAAGUAAAGCACCCAACUUCAAUCACCAAAAAAAGAACAUUUGCUGUUUCUUUCAUCUAUCAAAUCUAUUAUUGAGCCCUAGUAGUAGAUUUUUCAUUUUAGUCAUUGUCCUUUUUGGCUGCAGAGAUUUUUUUGUUUUUGGUUUUAAUUUUCUUAGUUGUAGAUGGACACAAUAUCUUUAUUUUAUUUAUUUAUUUAUUUAUGUGGUGCUGAGGAUCGAACCCAGUGCCUCACACAUGCUAGGCAGGUGCUCCACCACUGCGUCACAACCCUAGCCCCUGCUGCAGAGAGCUCAUCACUUCUCCCUGCUUCUUCAUCUUGGUUCCUCUGGUUAUGAUCCUGCGUUGGUCUUUAUGGUGCCGGUCUUCCCUUGGCUUGCUCUCCAGGGUGAAUCUGCCACUGGGCCCCCAGAAUUCUCAGCACACUCUUCCUGGGUGGAGCCUUUGUCCUGCUGGGGAUUGAGCAAUCCCUGCUUCUCAUUGCACUGCAGAGGUCAGCUCUGCAGCCAGUGCCAGGGCAGGAGAAACUGUGGAGUCCCAAUAGGAAGAGGCCCUCAUGGUGGCCAAGAUGAGUGCCCUGGAUAGUAUGACUUUCCUGAGCCAGGCUUGAGGAGGGAGCAUGGGUCUCAGUUCCACUGCCAGACUUGCUGCAGAUUUUCUUCUGUCAGAUCUGCCACAGAACGUGGCUUGUGAGUGCACCUGGCCACAGUCUGCCUAUUUAUAUACCUAAUGCAGUGUGGCCCUCCUCCCUGGUUGGAGGACCAUGCAUGCAUUUAGUGAUUGGCUGACUUUAGAAUUAGGGCGGUCUAGGGGAAGGGCUACAAUUAAAAUGACUACAAUUGGAUCCAGUUAAGACUCAAUACUAUAUUCUGAAAAUGGACCAUGACUUCCUGUUUCUCACAGUAGGACCACUGGAGAGCAACAGCAGCAUCUGCCAGCCCUGCUGCCAGGCAGGGAUUGCUCCCAGCUUUUCAGGGGUAUAACACAUUUGGAUGAUUGUCUUCAUGGCCAGUCUGGCCACGUCUGUGAUUUUUCCCUUUGGAUUAAGUCUCAUAAAUAGAACAAAGUAAAUUCUAACUUGGUCGUAAACUCAAGGAAACCAUGCCACAGAGGUCCAGUGGUUAGGACUUUAUGGGUACAUCUGGUUAACAGUGGAAGCACUGUGCAUGCGAGCGUCUUGAGCACCUAAUAUGCCAGGCUUUGCAGAAACGAAGAAGGAAUUGUCUUUUCUGCUUUGCUAAAGGAUUUGAAGAUGAAAUUAAGAGAUCAUCCAUUUGAAUUCUCCCAUUUCUCAUCCCAAAAGAACUUUUUAGUGUAAGAAUCAAAAGGAUAUAUGUUGUUCCCCAUAUUGCAUAAUAAAAUGUA